AUUGAUCAGUUUGUUUUAUCGCGGCAUCAAGAUGUUGACAGAAAUCGCGAUAUUGUUUGCUAGUGUGGGCAUAGUAGCCGUUUUAUUCGUGAAGUACAAAUACGGAUACUGGAAGAGAAGAAAUGUUCCUUAUUUGGAACCAACGUUUCCUACUGGCAAUAACACGAGCUUCUUUCCGAGAGGAAUAGCAAUUGGAAAAGUAUCUCUUGAUUUCUAUAAUACAUUCAAAGCAAGAGGGGUAAAAAUGGGUGGAGUUUUUUUGGGAACAGAUCCAAAUUUGGUACUUUUGGAUCCUGAAGAUGUAAGAACCGUUUUGAUCAAGGACUUCAAUAGUUUUGUGGACCGUGGUAUCUACAUGACCGAUAAAGCUCCUAUUACUGUAAAUAUGGUUUCUCAGCGAGGUCCAGAAUGGAGGAAUGCUAGGGUCAAAUACACCAGCGUCUUCACAUCUGCAAAAAUGAAAAUAAUGUACGAUACCAUGAAAGAAUGCAUUACAAAUAUGUUACCCUGGUUGGACGACGGCGCAGAAAGAAAUCUUGAUGUUGAUGUUUUGGACACCAUAGCACGUUUCACUACUGAUUCAGUUGGUGCGACGAUCUUAGGUGUGGAAUGCAAUUGUUUCAAAGAUCCAGAUGCGGAAUUCCGGAGACUCGGAAGACAUAUUUUCGAACAGUUCACUAUUGCAGACAGAAUCCGUUUAUUCAUGACUAUAUAUGUCCCGAAAUUGUCAGAAACAUUGGGAAUUUCCAAUAUACAACCGGAGGUAACGGAGAAAUUCAGUAAAAUCAUCACAGAUGCGGUGGAGUACAGAGAAAAAAAUAAUGUGAAGAGGAAAGACUUUUUAGAUAUGUUGAUUCAACUGAAAAAUUCUGGAAUACAAAUGCCUAUGGACGAAAUAAUCGGCCAGACAUUCAUAUUUUUCACUGCUGGAUACGAAACCUCUGCUACCACCACAACGAUGACAUUGUUUGAGCUGGCUGAGAAUCAACAGGCUCAGGAUAGACUGAGAGAAGAAGUCAUAAGGACCUUCGAGGAAAAUAACAAUGAUCUGCCGUAUGAAUCGAUCAUGGGAAUGAAAUACCUUGGUCAAGCAGUCGAUGAAACUCUAAGGAAAUAUCCUCCAAUACAAACCUUCCCAAGGACAUGCGUGCAGGACUACAAAUUUCCAGGAAAAGACUUGACCAUUGAAAAAGGAACAAAAGUGCUCAUCCCAGUUCUGGGACUGCACCGGGAUCCAGACUAUUUUCCAGACCCGGAGAAAUGGAAUCCAGACCGGUUCGAGGACAGAAAUGAAAAAUCUCCCGCGUAUUACCCGUUCGGAGGUGGACCUAGAAAUUGUAUUGGUUCGCGUUUUGCCUUGAUGCAGAUUAAAUUAGCUUUGGCAACCAUCUUGAGGAGAUACAAAGUAUUUCCAAGUCCAGCUACAAAACAACCACUGGAGCUCGAUCCAGGUACCUUUAUUAUCACUAUAAAACAACGUGUAUAUUUGAAAUUCCAAAAAAUUCAAUAAUAUUCUAACUUUUCGAGAUGAAAACAAACACACAUACUUUGUUAUUAUUAGAGAUAUUGAAAACAAAUAAAUAUUUUUGU